GUCUUGUCUUUCAGAUGCAAUUAGUGGUAUGUUACCUUAAUACUGUACGGUAAAGCAACGUCGCCCGGCGAAAGAAAAAGACACCACGUUAAUUUUGUAAGAUUGAGCUGCACCUCCGUCUGCAAUUUCAAGAAGAUGGAUUCUAGCUUAACAGCAGACCAGAUAAGAAAUGUUUUCAUUGAUUUCUUCAAAGAGAAAGAGCAUUUAUAUGUUCACUCAUCAUCUACGAUACCUCUUGAUGACCCUACACUGCUGUUUACCAAUGCUGGUAUGAACCAGUUCAAGCCAAUAUUUCUGGGGUCUGUUGAUCCAAACAGCGAUAUGGCUAAGUAUGUACGAGUUGCCAACUCCCAGAAGUGCAUUCGUGCUGGCGGCAAACACAAUGACCUGGAUGAUGUUGGCAAGGAUGUCUACCAUCACACAUUCUUUGAGAUGUUAGGCAACUGGUCGUUUGGGGACUACUACAAGAAAGAGACAUGCGCCUGGGCCUGGGAGCUGCUGACAGAAAGGUUGAAGAUGCCCAAGGACCGCCUGUAUGUGACAUACUUUGGGGGAAAUGAGUCGGCUGGACUGGACCCUGACCAUGAGACCAGAGAUAUCUGGAUCAGUCUAGGAUUGCCCGCUGAGCGAGUAAUGCCAUUUGGAAUGAAGGAGAACUUCUGGGAGAUGGGUGAGACAGGACCAUGCGGUCCGUGCACUGAGAUCCACUUUGACCGCAUUGGGGGCAGAGAUGCCAGCAAAAUGGUCAACAUGGAUGUCCCGGAUGUACUGGAGAUCUGGAACCUUGUAUUCAUACAGUACAAUCGGGAGUCUGCAACUGAGUUGAAGCGUCUACCUCGCGGUCAUGUGGACUGUGGUAUGGGACUGGAGAGAGUCGUGUCUGUCAUACAGAACAAGUCCUCCAACUAUGACACUGAUGUCUUCACUCCUCUAUUCCAUGCAAUUCAGAAGGGUUCUGGCUGUCGUGCAUACACAGGGAGGGUAGGCAAGGAGGAUGUGGAUGGAGUGGACAUGGCGUACAGAGUGCUUGCUGACCAUGCCCGCACACUGACCAUUGCCCUUGCUGAUGGCGGGCGCCCAGAUAACACAGGCAGAGGUUAUGUGCUGAGACGCAUUCUCCGUCGUGCUGUGAGAUAUGCCACAGAGAAGCUUGGAGCCAAGCCAGGGUUCUUUGCCUCGCUUGUUGACACAGUAAUACAGUUACUAAGCAACGCUUUCCCGGAAGUUGGAAAGGACCCUAACAUGGUGAAAGAUGUCAUCAAUGAGGAGGAGGAGCAGUUCUUGAAGACGUUGAACCGAGGCCGUCGCCUCCUGGAGCGCACCAUCAACAAGCUGGGGGACACCAACGUGUUGCCAGGGGACGUUGCCUGGCGACUGUACGACACUUAUGGCUUCCCUGUGGACCUUACUGCACUGAUGGCUGAGGAGAAACAGCUGAAAAUUGACAUGGCUGCUUAUGAGGAAGCUAAGAAGAAGUCCCAGGAGCUGUCUCAAGGUGGAGGGAGUGUGAAGGAUGAGCAGGUGAACCUCAAUGUGCACGCCAUCAGUGACCUCCAGACUCAGGGCGUACCCGUGACUGACGACACACACAAGUACAACUACACCGUCGAUAACAACGGCAAUUACACAUUUGUCCCCUGCACUGGCAAGGUGUUGGCACUUCGUUACAACAAGGAGUUUGUGGCCAGUGUGACCACCGGUCAAGAGUGCGGGGUCCUGCUUGACCGCACAUACUUCUACGCAGAGCAGGGUGGACAGAUCUAUGACGAGGGAUUCCUGGUCAAACAGGAUGAAGAGGAGGUGGAGUUCACAGUGCGCAACGUCCAGGUGAGGGGAGGUUACAUUCUACACAUCGGAGUCAUAGAGGGCACACUGAGAGUGGGGGAUGUUGUCAAACAGGCCAUAGAUGAGCGACGUCGGGCAGCCAUCAUGAAGAACCACACAGGCACCCACAUGCUGAACUUUGCCCUGCGAGAAGUGCUCAAGGAGGCCGACCAACGGGGCUCACUGGUAGCCCCUGACAGACUGCGCUUUGACUUCACUGCUAAGGGUGCAAUGUCUGUCAAUGAAGUAAAGCAGACGGAGGACAUAGUGAAUGAGGUGAUUGUCAAGAACCAGCCUGUGUACGCCAAGGAGACCCCACUGGCUGAAGCCAAGGCAAUACAGGGACUGCGGGCAGUCUUUGAUGAGGUGUACCCUGACCCUGUGCGUGUGGUCUCCAUAGGUAUCCCUGUAGAGGAGCUGGUAGCAGACCCAAUGGGGCCAGGGGGAGCCAUGACAUCUCUUGAGUUCUGUGGCGGCACUCACCUGCUGCGCGGUGGGGACGCAGGCAAGAUGGUGAUCGUGUCUGAGGAGGCGAUCUCCAAGGGUGUGAGGAGAAUCAUCGCCAUCACUGGGGCAGAGGCCUUGAAGGCCCUGCACAGAACAGACGUCCUCCAACGUGAAGUAUCGGAGCUGAAAGCCAAGAUGGAUGGCAAUGAGACGUCACAGAAGUACACAGAGAAGCAGCUCACACGCAUGAUAGUGGAGAUGGAUGAUGAGGUGACCCAGUCUACCAUCCCGUACUGGCAGAAGGACAGACUUAGGGCCGACCUGAAGGGGCUCAAGAAGAAGAUGGACGAUCUUGACAAGAAACGCAAGGCUGCUAUGGUUGCCACGGUGACAGAGGAGGCCAAACAGCUCAUCACCGACAAGCCAAACCAGAAAUACAUUGUGCACGAGUUUAAAGCAGGAGGAAAUGCAAAGGCCCUGGAUGCUGCCAUGAAGCAGGUGAAGGCCCUGAGCCCGGAGACAGCGGCCAUGUUCUUCUCUGUGGACGAGGAGGCCAGCAAGAUACUCUGCAUGAGCUGUGUGCCCAAGGAGGCUGUGACAUCGGAAUUUGGCGCAGACAAGUGGGUGGAGAAGGUGUCCACGCUGAUAAAUGGGAAGGGGGGCGGCAAGGAGUUGUCUGCCCAGGCCACGGGCUCAAACACAGGGGCACUCUCCGAGGCACUGAACAUGGCUCUCGAGUUUGCUAAGUUGAAACUGUCGUGAGCAGUUUUGGGGAAAAUGUUUUAUUUGCAGACCUUUGAAACAUGGCAAAAGUGACUCUUGUUCUUAAUUAAUCAGCGCACAUGUCUAAGUGAGAUUGUGUUGUGAAUGAUUUUUUUCCAUUUUGUUAUUUAUUUAAAAAAAAACAAUUUGUUUUUUUCCCAAUAAUAAGCCAAGUAAGGCUUUUUCCAGACAGGAGCAUGCUUUUGUUUACAUAAGAUAUUUCUGAUUCACACUUAUGUGUUCUGAUCUUGUUUGUUUAGCUGAAAAUACUUGUUUAAAAAACUAUAUAACACCCCAUAAGUUCACUGUAAUUUGUUAAGGGUUAGUGGGUAUUUCUGAAAAUUGUCCCUAAUUUAUGUAGAAUGAUUGUGUUUAGUUGAAAUUAAUCACACUUGUAUUUGUCAUAAUAGGUUGAUUUUGAUGCAGAUUUUUUCUGAUUGUUGUGCUUAAUAUUUGGCAGAAUUUAUCCAGAUAUAUAAAGAUUAAAGUUAAACAAUUUUCUUCAGUAAAUGAGCAUGCUACUAGCAGUAAAGUAUUUCCACAUUCAGAAACUGAUUAUUUCUAAGAACAAUUGCUUGUCAAUGAAUUAAAUUCACAACACGUGCAAUUACUGUGGUUCUAUGGAACUAGCAAUAUUUAUUGAUGUGAGGUGGUUACCUGAUGCAACACAAUUUCAGGAAACAAUGUUUAUGUAACUUUUUUUCACCAAUAUUAUUUAUAAAAAACAAACAAGUUUAUUAGAUCUACUUAUUAUAAGUAAUCUCAUCUGCACUGUGACUUUGUUGUAAUCUAUGUGUAUUAUAGAAGUGACUAGCUUAUUGACCUGUAUUGGUGCACUCUAUCAGAAAAUAAACAUGCAAAAUAU